AUGGUGACCGCGCCGAGCACGAGAGAUUGCCUCCUAGUAGUUAUCAUGGCGCGCCUUCUUACUGCCCUCGCUCUCCUGCUUGCGUUCACCGUCACUCUUGCAUCAUUCGCUUCUACUGCUGCUGCUCGAUCUUUUCGGCUUCCUGGCAAUGGUGCAUCGGGAGCGGUAGAAACUGCCGGCGGCGUCAUCACGGCGGAGAGCGCGCCGAGUUUUGCUGAGCCUAGCGCGGGGGACGAGCAGGAUCGCCGCGAACUCUUUCACGUGACAUCAUCCAACUGCGUUAACGCGAGGAAUAAGGAUUGCUCAAAGGCGGCGGUUCUAUUCUGGACUGUGAGCCUCAACGAAAAGGAUAAGAAUGCAUGCGAGGAUGUUCGUACGAAAGCCGUUAAGGAAUGCGAGAAGAGGGGCUACUGGUGA